AUGUUUGUUAAAAUUCACCUGUUGAUCUUGCUUGCAAUUCUAAGAGAAGGAUUAUGCUUAUCGUGGCACAAUCAUCAUGAAAACAAAGUGGAAAUUACGGAGAAAACUAACGUUCAUACAGUUCCCCUCGGUUCAGGUGCCACUUUUCAUUGGAGAGUCGACUUUAUGAGCGAAAUGAUAAUCGCGGAGGUCCAUUACAUGGGCACGGAUAAUACUUGGUUCGCCAUCGGUUUUUCGAAUUACGGAGAAUUAAAACCCGCCGAUUAUUGCGUUCUGUGGACCGACUGGCAUCGUCAAAUUCAGCUACAAGAUGCGUGGGCGGACGAUGAUGGAAAAUUAAAUCUAGACGUGCAACAGGAUUGCGACAAUUUCGCGUGGAAGAGACGAGGAAACGUAACGAAGUUCACCUUCUCCAGGAAAUUCGAUACUUGCGACGAAAACGACUAUAUUAUGGAGAGAGGAACAACGCAUUUAGUGUGGUUAAAAGGUUUGGGACCACUGUCGUCUUUAACUGGCUUGCAAGUGUCGGACGCCGAAGCUUCCGGUAUGUUCAGAACGGAGUUAAUCAGGGUGCUUCAUAAAAAGCCAGCAUUUCCUUCGAAUGCCUGGAAGUUGGAAAUGUUGGCUGACCAUGUGAAGGUGCCGAACAAGGAAACGACUUAUUGGUGUCGCGUACAAAAAUUGCCACCCGUUUUGUCUCAGAAGCAUCAUAUUCUUCAAUUUGGGCCAGUUAUACAAACUGGUAACGAACACUUGGUUCAUCAUAUGGAGGUAUUCCACUGUGCUGGACCUGUGGAUUUUGAAAUUCCCAUGUACGAUGGUCCCUGUGAUAGUGCUGAUAGACCAGAGAAAACCCAAAUAUGCAAAAAAGUAUUGGCAGCAUGGGCGAUGGGAGCGGACGCUUUCGUUUAUCCAGAGGAAGCUGGUCUCUCGAUCGGUGGUCAAGAUUUUAAUCCUUACGUUAUGCUGGAGGUUCAUUAUAACAAUCCCGAGCUUCAGGAUGGAAAUAUCGAUUCCUCUGGGAUACGUUUUAUUCUCACCCAUAGCCUUCGAAAAUACGACGCUGGUGUAAUUGAGUUGGGAUUAGAGUACACCGAUAAAAUGGCUAUUCCACCGCAACAAGAAGCAUUUACUUUGUCAGGUCAUUGUAUACAAGAAUGCACAGGUGUUGGCCUUCCGCAGCAGGGGAUUCAUAUUUUUGCAUCGCAACUUCACACGCAUUUAACGGGCGUAAAAGUUCACACUCGACACAUUCGAGACGGCGAGGAAUUGCCUUUGUUAAACUACGACAACCAUUAUUCUACUCACUUCCAAGAAAUUCGACUUCUACCGAAACCUGUUGUCAUUCUACCUGGAGAUUCUUUAAUAACAACUUGCACAUAUAGUACGAUGAACAGAGAGAAUGUUACUCUUGGUGGAUUUGCUAUUUCUGACGAAAUGUGUGUGAAUUAUAUUCACUAUUAUCCCAAUGCUCGAUUAGAGGUUUGUAAGAGCGCUGUAAGUGACGAUGCUCUGAGAACUUACUUUCGUUACAUGAGAGAAUGGGAAAAUCAACCGACUAGUAUCGAUAAAGGAAUUUCCUCGAAUUAUCAAAGUAUCGAGUGGACGAAGGUUCGCGUGCAGGCACUGCACGAUCUAUACGAAGCUGCUCCAUUAGGGAUGCAAUGCAAUGGUUCGGAUGGAUCUCGACUACCUGGACUAUGGGACAACAUAGCGGCCACACCAGUAAGGCUACCGUUGUCACCGCCAGCCCGAAAUUGUCCAGAUUCGUCGUUGAAGCAAGAAAUAAUAAAUUCGAUAUGA